AUGCUCCGCGUCCUCAACGAAGAGGACGGCUUCGAUAUCAAGCAGCGCGAGCUAGUCCGUGUGCGCACCAAGAACCGCUGGCUCCUGCGAACGUCUACCAAUGACGCAGGCGAGGAGACCGAGGACAUGCAAGAAUUCUCCGUGGAUACACCUGUUGAUCCUCGUCUCGGAGCCCCAUCUACCCCGAAUAAACCGAGGGUCCUCAGAAGUGGCAUUGUGCAGCAUGCUGUCCCGGCUUCUUCAGAGUCUCCCGGGCUGGACCCGGUCGAGGCUGCCCGGAGAGAGGACAGGCGACGGCGGAUGGAGGCAGAGUCCGCAGAACGGUAUGCCACUAGGAAAAGGCGUCGGCGUACUCGCGGGUACGCAGGCAUGCCGGCUGAUCCCCCAGGCCCGCCCCGUUUCCCAUCUGAGACGACACUCGACGAGAGCAAGUCUAUUCUUGGCCUGGACCGGCAACUCUAUCAGACAGUCCGCGAGAAUUGUCAGCGCAUAUGCGAGGCUGCGGGAGUCCUGAAGAAGACCAUUGCUGGCCCAGAGAAGUGGGAGAUAAUCAAGGAACGACUUAUUGCCACAACUCCUCAUUUACAAUCUGUCAUUUGGAUGAGCAAGGACAACAUCGAGACCAAGAAAUUGGCUCUUGAUGUUAUUUGCUCGGAUGUCACAAAGCGCAUGCGAGGUGGAGAUAGGCGUCUACUAUUGGCAGACGCGAAGAAUAUUCUCGGAUUGAACCCCGAGAAUUCGAGGACGGUACGGGCUAUCCUCUACAGAAUUCUGAAGAGCGACCAAUUUACCACGAAAACCGCAAUGGGGGCAGAACGCUUCGAGGCACUCAAGCAGCAGUGGAUCGCAGAAUCUCCUGUACUGCAGAGGGUUCUGGCCGAUACUCUAGAUGGUAAAGAUCCUCAGAUGAAACGGAAGGCGCUGGACGCUCUUGCUAGGGACAUCAUGAAGAGGCUGCGAGAUGAUAUCACACGGCGCGAUCCCAAUAAGAAGAACAAGGAAGCGGCCAGAGCCCUUCAAGAGGCCGACGAUGAUUAUGAUGAUGCUGGAGGGAUCGACGAUAGUGCGUACAUGGACGACGACCACGAACCCGCGCGGCUUCUUCCGGCGAAUGUCAUCGACCCGGACACAGUACGAGAAGACCAAUUCGAGCUAAAUGAUAUCUGUUCGGCCAGAGCUCCUGGGCGCGCCGCAGCUCUGAACAGCCAGACGAUCCGCCUCGCAUCGACCGACAAUGAGGGCCGGAACUUCAAGGGUCAGAUGCUUGAGAGUAUCGGCAUGCGCCUUGCUCGCGAGAAGGCUGAGCGCGAGAGAAUCCAGAGGGAGAGGAUAGAGUCAGCUUGGGGCAGAAAUGCUGCCACGACUUUUGCCACGAAGCCGCCGAAACACAAGAAUACCAGAGCAGAGCUCGAGGCUGCGUGGGCGGACUUCACAAAGGUCGUGGGGACGGAGAAUGUGAGCACCGUCGAGGCGAAUCUUGAGAGCCACGCUUCGUCAGAGUGGUCCUCCCACCGUCCCGACCCAUCACAUAAGCCAUUCUGCGUUGUGUACCCCAGCUCGACGGAGGAGGUCUCUGAGAUCAUGAAGAUAUGUCACACACGCCGCAUCCCGGUUACUGGCUACAGCGGCGGGACAAGUCUCGAGGGACACUUCACUCCGACGCGAGGCGGCGUGUGCGUCGACUUUGGGCGGAUGAACCAGAUCCUGGCGGUGCACAAGGAGGACUUGGACGUCGUGGUGCAGCCGGCGGUCGGCUGGGAGCUGCUUAACGAGCAGCUGGGAAAGGACGGCCUGUUCUUCCCUCCGGACCCGGGGCCGGGCGCUCAGAUCGGUGGCAUGAUUGGCACGGGAUGCAGCGGUACCAAUGCCGCGCGGUACGGCACGAUGAGGGAAUGGGUGCUCAGUCUGACGGUCGUGCUUGCAGAUGGCACUGUGAUCAAGACCAGGCAACGGCCCCGCAAGAGCUCUGCCGGAUACGAUCUUACGAAACUGUUCAUUGGAAGCGAAGGCACGCUCGGCCUUGUCACGGAGGCAACGCUCAAGUUGACGGUCAAGCCUCAGCACACGAGCGUAGCCGUUUGCAGCUUCGGCUCAAUCCGACAGGCGGCCAAUUGCGUGGGUCGUGUGAUUGGUGAAGGCGUGCCUAUUGCCGCUAUUGAGAUUCUUGACGACGAGCAAAUGCACUGCAUCAACGAGGCAGGCAUGACUUCGCGCACAUGGCAGGAGGUGCCAACUCUGUUCUUCAAGUUCUCAGGCACCGACCGUGGCGUCAAGGAGCAGAUCGCCCAGGUGCGCGAGAUGGCCAAGAAGGCGGGCAGCACUGGCUUCGACUUCGCCAAGAGCGAGGAGGAGCAGCAUGAGCUGUGGUCCGCUCGCAAGGAGGCUCUCUGGAGCACCAUGGCUGUCAAGAAGGAGGGCGACCAUGUCUGGACAGGCGAUGUCGCCGUCCCUAUGUCAAGACUGCCGGAUAUCAUUGAGGAGACGAAGGAUGACAUAAAGAAGUCUGGCUUGUACGGCACGAUCGUUGGCCAUGUUGGAGACGGAAACUUUCACAUCAUUAUUCUUUCCAAUGAUUCUCAGAGGAAGGUCGCAGAGGAUGUGUUCCAUAGAAUGGUCAAGAGGGCAGUUGAGAUGGAGGGAACUGUCACGGGCGAGCACGGAGUUGGUUUGGUAAAGCGGGAUUAUCUUCCCCAUGAGCUCGGCGAGAGCACGGUCGAUACCAUGCGCAAGAUCAAGCAAGCCUUGGACCCGCUAUGUCUGCUGAACUGCGACAAGGUCAUUCGGAUGCAAAAGCCUAAGCCAGGCGAGGUCGCAGAGUGGUAA